AUGAGCACUGGAGGAUGUCUGAUAUUGUUGAAUCCCUAUUUUGCAAACCUGAAACUAAUAUAACACUAUAUGUUAACUAUACUGGAAUUUAAAAUAAAAAAAAUACAUAAAAUAAAAAGAAAAAAAUAAACAUGAAAAAAAACUAGACAAAGUAAGAUAGAAAUAUUCCAUAUUAACCAAAGCCUGCAUUACAGACUUCAUGGGGGAAAAUACUAGGGAGGAGUAGGGAAAAGAAAUAUGGCAUUUGCAAGGAUCUUAAGUUACACUAGGAAUUUUCCAUGGAGGAUUCUGAGAGAUUUGAAUCAUAUAGAAACUACUAACAAAAAGAGAUUUCACAAUAAAAUGAGAUUGUUUGAAACAAUAAAUUGAGAGUUCCCCAACACUGAAAAUAUUAAAAGAGAGGUUACUUGUAUCUCCCUAUUAUAUUAUUAUGUAAUACAAUAGUACAGAUUAUAUGUCACAUCAAGCAAACAUGGAAAUGCAAUUUUAAUUUGGCACUGAACCCUUCUGAGUGUCAGUCUCUGUUAAAUGACAUUUUAAAUUCACAAUCUGAUAGUUUCACCAAAUGGUUUCACGGCUCACAUACAGACAACUGGAAAAGGAAUGUUUUCAGCCAAUAAAGCAUUUUACAGUAGCGAAUACUGCCUAGUCGUGUGGGAGGAGCUGGACCAAAUCACAUUUUGACUCAGAUUCAAUUGACAUCUAAGCAGGAAGAGGGGAAAGAGGGAAAAAGUAUAUUUGCUGUCAGUGUGAUUCUCAUAGAACUUUUAGAGUAUAAUCUCGUGAAUCAGGAGGAGCCCCCGUACAACGACACAUUACUCAUCACUCUUGAAACAUUCAGCUGCAGUAUGGUCACACCGCCAAGCAGCACCUGACUUUACUCUUCCAUAGUAAACUCUGGAACUCUGGGAGCGCAGAAAUUUACUUUCUCCCUAUUAAAUACAUAGGCCUAUUCCCAAGGGAGGGGACUGUAACCUCAAUAGAUGUUUAUGAUCACUGAUCUUCAAAAUAUGCUAUGAAGCCAAGCCCUGUGAUGUAUGGUUUGAUACUACAUGUUUAUAAAAAUAUGAUUUAAAAUGCACCCAACAAGAUGCACUGAGGCCAAUUGCAUGGUAGUUUGUUUUCUGAGGGAGUUGGGUCACUUUUGAAAAGUUAUUGUGGAAAACAUUAAUUAACACAGAUGCACUUGAAACCAGAGCAACAUUACACAACAUCUUAAAAUUUUAGUACAAUAAAUAUAUCGGUAUAAGUAAAUGUAGGUAUUUGAAAAGCUGCUGUUAUUUGGGAAUCCUUGUAUGUGGAUCAAAGAAAGGGGGAAAGGAAAAGUAGAAUGUAUUGAGUCUCCACUAUACAUCAGGAUCUGUGCUAUACUCUUUGUAUCUCCUAUAUAUUUUCUACAGACAUUUUGACAAAAUUUUAAAUACAUGUAGUUAUUUUUGUUCCAAUUUAGAGGUUAUAAAAACGGAGGCUCACAAAUCUGAGGACAUUUUCCCUGGUCAAAUUGUUAGCAAGUGGCUCAGCCGGAAAGGGAAUCGAUCUGUUUGCCAUGGAAAGCUAUUUCUAUUACAGAGCCUCUGAAACUUGGGGGAGACAUGUACCAGUCAUCAAUUUACUGCCUCUCAGCUUCAAACUCCCCUUCAGUAGAUGCUCUGUGAUAAUACAUGGGAUUCCUUUAGGCAUUUUUUUUUCUUUGCUGUGAGCAUGGUAUGAAGCUUUCUCAGUAGCGGGGGGUGUUGGGACAUUGCACGAGGAAGUGGUUCUGAAUUUUUUGGGUGCAGCACUGGAGGGAAGGGGAGGGUGUUCGGUAGUGUGGAUGUGAAGACAUCUGGGGAAGCUCUACUCAGUCAAGAGUUGAGGAUGUGAGGGAUCCUCAGUGAUGCCGGAGCCUCAGACUGACAAGAAUCUUUAUUGGCUCCCCUCUGUAUGGAAACCUGUACCUUGAAGACUUCUCCUCCACGAAUCCCUGUUGACCUCCUGCCCUCAAAGACACCCAGAUUCCCUCUACAGGAAUUCCCCAUCCCCCGUCUGCCUGUAUCCCAGAGCUUCCCAGGCCCUCUACACGCCCACACCAUCGGUUGCUUGUUUUCCAUCUGCGUUCCAGAAAGAGUUGUCUCCUGCUUGGUCAAUGACUGCGGAACUACCCUGGUCUGGCCAAACCGGUGAACUUCUCUGCUUUCUAGUGGGCUGAACUAAUCUUUUCAAGUUUUUUUUUUAAAUUUUUUGAGUAGUCUCUCACAUUCUUAGGGUACCAUAUAGAAUUUCCUCAUAUCGUAUAGCUACUCUUUUAUCAUGGUUUAAUAAUUUUGUUUCACAUUAAAAUUUCUGUUUAUCCUACUAUGUGGUUUCUGUCUCCUGAUUAGAAUCAGACUGAUAUAGAGGUCUUUAGUUUUAGGAGUCAUCUGUGUGUUUACAGUGGUCAAAUCAGUGGCAGCAGAUAAGAUUUAAUAGUGUAUAAGGUGAAAAGCAAAGAUGUAGGAUAAAGUAGCCACAAGAAGCCCAAAACUUAGGGAAAAGCAAGGAAAGAUUGUUAAUGAGAGAGAGGUCCUGGACCAGAAGCCCAUGCAUAAGGGAAAUGGUGGUAAAAGAGGAUAUCAAAUUAAAAGUAAGGAUGAAUAAUAAAUACCAUGGAAAGGUCACUAUUAUUAAUGCCAUGAUGAAAGGCAUCCAACAAAAGCAGUACAGGUAAAUAUCAUAAUUAAAAUAUUGUUUGUCAGAGAAGACAGGUGAGAAGAAAAUCAAAAAAUAUUGCAGAGCCUGGAAGAAUUAAUUAUUGAGUGGCUACAUGUUAGUGGGAAGUAUGGAUAGAUAGUACAAAGAUGGGAGCAGUGUGAGAAAACUUAUGAACAGACUUAUGUUUAAGAACUGGACGUUAGGGGUGUCUGGGUGGCUCAGACGGUUGUGUCUGACUCUUGAUUUUAGCUCAGGUCAUGAUCUCACAGUUUGUGAGAUCAAACCCUGUGUUGGGCUCCUCACUAAUAGUGCAGAGCCUGCUUGAGAUUCUCUCUCUCCCUCUCUCUUUGCCCCUCCCCUGCUGUCUGUCUCUUUCUCUCAAAAUAAAUAAACACUUUUUUUUUAAAGAAAUGGACUUUAACAAAGAAGUUGUUGAACCAAGGCAUUUUUCUUGCUCUAAAUUGAAACCCUUGGAAAAGUUUGCUCUCUGUUUAAAUAAUAAAUAUUAAAUAAUGUACUCAUCAGGAUUUUAACCACCACCACCACCACAACAACAAAAGAACAAACAACAACAACAACAAAAUACAAUACAAAAAAAAAAAAAAAAAGGAAGAGAAUGUAAUAACCUGACUGGAAAAGGUUGGGAUAGACUCGCACUCCUCCAGAGAGAAUAAGAAUGUUUCCAGGCGAGGCUAUAACGUGUUGAAAUAUUUAAUUGCUUGCGCAAAAUCCAUGAGAAGUGCUUCAGAGUGAUUAUGAUGGAAAAAACAAAAUACUAAGAAAGGGUAAAAAAGACACCAAGAUGCUAUGAUGAUGAUUAUGGCGAUGAAGAUGAUGAUGAUGAUGGUACAGAGGCUAUUAAUAGUAGUGAGUAGAACUUUGUGUUUUGUGGAUGAUUUCUGAGGUAUUGAAAGAACAACAACAAAAAAAACCCAACCAAACUUAUAUUUAUAGGUCAAACAUAUUUUGGUGAUGUGAUAUGUCAUGGUCAUGAAAUGCAAUUAUAGAAGUGAAAAUUAUGGUCUUAUAUGUUUGGGGUGCUUAGGAAAUGUAUCUUUAUUUGGUUUUAAAGCCUUAGAAAAUUCCUAGUUUAGCAAGUAAAUUAGGGCGUUUAAAUAAACUUGUUGUACACAGGGUGAGCUAAUAUUAGGCAAAUAGUUGUAAAAUGAGAGAGCAGAGCCCAUGUGAGGUAUGAGCCAUACAUCCCUGGGAGUAUAUAAAGGUCCUGGAAGAGGAGGUGGUAUCCAGACUUCAGAAUAUCCUCCUACACCUCAACUGAAAACUCACCUCCCAACACCAUGUGUUGUAACUACUACGGAAACUCCUGUGGCGGCUGUGGCUCUGGCUGUGGCUGUGGAUAUGGAUGUGGCUAUGGCUCCCGCUAUGGCUGCGGCUAUGGCUCUGGCUGUGGCUCUGGCUGUGGCUCUGGCUGUGGCUCUGGAUGUGGCUCUGGCUGUGGCUCUGGAUGUGGCUCUGGCUGUGGCUAUGGCUCUGGCCGAGGAUAUGGUUCUAAAGGCGGAUAUGGCUGUGGAUACAGCUCCCGCUAUGGCUGCGGAUAUGGCUGUGGCUCUGGCUCUGGCUGUGGAUAUGGCUCCAAAGGCGGAUACGGCUGUGGGUUCAGCUCCCGCUAUGGCUGCGGCUAUGGCUGUGGCUACUAACCAUUUUGCUACAGAUGAUAUUCUUGUACUGCCCCUUUGAAACGAUCGCUACAAGUCCAAGUCCAAUUGGAAAUCUCCCCAUCCAUGAACUUCAUUGCAAAGCAAAGAAUUAUUAUUGUCUGUCAAGAACCUGCCUACACUUCGAAGAAGCUCUUUGCAGGUGAUGGAGACCAAGUAGUUUCAUCACAUCACUGAAGAGAGAAGAUCUUAUUCUGAUCACUUUUCAAUCAUAAAUUCUUAUAUAUUUGUCUCUGUACUGUGGCUAUUUGUACAAGCACAGGAGGAUUAUCCAACUGGAAUAUACUAAAAUGGAGCAAAAAUAGUAAUUUCUUAAUAAAA